CGGUCAAAUAGGCAUCUCUUUUAACUGUCAAAGAUUCGGUUCGGCUACUCAUACGUGUCGUUUUCUUGUGUCGCUCUCGACGUGUUCAUUUUGUUUUCUUUGGCAAAAAAGCAAAACCAAAAUAGUCCUAAAAAGAUGGCCCCACCACAAAGGAUGCGUGUCGCCAAUGAAAAGGCUAGCAAAUACGUGACCAUGCGAGGCAACGUACCAAAGUCAUCGAAAUCCAAAGAUAAUCAAUACCCUGUUGGACCUUGGCUUUUGGCAUUGUUUAUUUUCGUCGUUUGCGGUUCUGCUAUUUUUCAAAUAAUCCAGUCUAUUCGAGCAGCGUAAAACUACAAACACCAACUAAAAUAGAUCUUUAAUUUUAAAUGCAAUGAAUAUUCUUCCGAAAUCCAAUCAUAUAUAAUUGCCAUAGUUUUAAAAAGUUAAAUGAUUUCAAAUAAUAGUUUAUUUAAUGUGCUUGAAGUCUGAAAUGAUUUAUUUAUACGAUGAAAAUUAUAAGCAUUGAGGAAUUAAAUGCACCAGCUUAAUUUGUCAGCAGUUAAAUGUAUAAAUUUAUUUUCGAAAGCAUUCCUUUUUGGUGAUUAUUGUGAUUGGUUGGCUUUUCUCGAGCAACAUGUUGUACUGUAAGCUCGGUAUUUAAGAUACAACUUAAAAAUUUAAUUGAUUUACGUAAUUUUGUAUAGAAAUGGUAAUAUAUUAAUUUUUUACUU